AUGGGAGCUGUCAAGCGGCAGCCCAGCUUGGAAAACAUACAAGGCUUUUUUCUUCUGGCUCUAGCACAAUGGGGCAGUGGGGAUAAGGAUAAAAGCUCGAUGAACAUGGGCAUUGCUGUCAGGAUGGCCGGUAUUCUGCGACUUCAUCGAGAAGAAACUUACAAUCUUCCCCCAAAGGCGACAACUGACGAUAUUGUCGACUCUGAGACAGCUAGACGUACUUUUUGGGUUUUGGAGACCGAGGACAAUCUUCAUUCAAGUCACGCUUCUCCGGUUGCGUUCGGUGCAGAUGAUAUCACAACACUACUUCCAUGUGAAGAAUCCGACUUUGCAUUUGGGCGUAGACCGUCUUCUCGAGCAGCAUUACCAGGCACCAAGGCUGCUAAAUUAUGGCCGGAACUCACCUCCCUCCCGUCACGCUCACUCUUUGCUACCCUCCUUCAAGCACAUAGUCUAUGGGGAAGUGUCGCCCGAAAGGCAUGGCGAGCUGACUUUUGCUCCGAGGGUCCGCCUCCCUGGGAUCAAAGUAGUACAUAUGCUAGGAUGUGCCGAACAUUGACGGAGUGGGAACGAGAUACCCCAGCUAGCCAUCGAUGGAGUGUCUGGAAUAUGAGAGGGCAUAGCGCAGAGCAGGUACAUGCAGCUUAUCUUAGUGUUGUUAUGGUUACACGAUUGAGUCACAUUGUCAUCCGGAGGAUUUACUUGGAAGAGAUGAUUGCCAGUGUCACAGAUUCAGGCAAAGAUAGUGCACCGCAAGGCUUCUGGACUACUAUCUCGGAUGAGCUCUUUGAGAAUGUGUUUGCCCUACAUGAGCCCGUGGAUACAUUUGUGUCAAAUCGCAGUCCGCACGAAGGAUUUUCUGCGACUUUGGACUAUAACAUCUCUCAUUCUGACAUGGAAUCUUCCGGGGAAGACGGGACCAAGAAUAAUUCAGGAGGUGGAAGUUUGCAAAUGCUUAGUGAAGCUGCGGUGUCCGCAGAAAGAAACAGUUUGUUUGCAAAUGGGUUUAUAGGCCCCAUUAACAAAUGUAGCAACAUGUACACAAAUCAGAACAGGGUCAUGGAUGAAUUCCUCACUUUUAACGCGUCAGAAGGGGGUUCCGGCUUUCUUACUCGGCAGUCGGAUAUUUACACGGAUACUGGAGCAUCAUUUGAUAAAGAACUGACUGAAUUUUUGAAGCAGCCGAGCUAUGGAAUGGAUAGCACAAUAAGAAGAAUGUCAGCUCUUUCCGCUUCAGAUUAUCCGGCUUACGCUGCAAAUAUCUCCAAUAAGACACAAGCCCCUCUCGGCUGGGGGCAACGACCAGUACUGCUGAUCGUCGACGUUUGCAAAGCAUAUUUUUCGGACUCAUCACCAACAAAUUUAUUAUCUUCGACCUGCGGAACGGGUGCAUCGGUGCCAGUCAAUAUUUCGCGGCUAAUAGAUGCCGCUCGUGCUGGGGGAUGUCCUGUCGUAUGGGCACGCACAGUGUUCACAAACAGCAAACUCCGUGAUGCUGGGAUCUGGACUCAGAAAGUGCCGGGGCAUUUAUUGGAAGUAUUCAGCAACAGGAAUGAAAACAGGCUACAUGAGUUUCUCGAAGGGAUGGCGCCAUGCACCAACAUCGGCUCUAAUUCAAAGAGCUUAGUGGCAGAUUUGGUGAUUGACAAGAAAUUCGUGAGUGCGUUCUUCGGUACAAACUUGGCUGGUCAGUUGGCCAUGAUCGGUGCCGACACGGUUGUAUUGUGUGGCGCAAAGACUGGAGGGGAGAUUCGACAGAGCAUACUAGAUGCGCAGGGCUUGGGAUUCCGAGGGAUUGUUGCUGCUGAAGCGUGCGCGGACACAUGCAGGGAAACUCAUUUUGCAAAUUUGUUUGAUAUACACGCUAAAAUGGGCGACGUUCUCACCACGGAUAAGGCAAUUGAAGGUCUCAAGAACGGCUGGGUAUGGAAUACUCUAGCGCCGGGAGAGAGUCGCGAUAACUCUCUGUUGGCGGCCUGGGAUCCAAGGCAACCACCGGCCGGCAGUUUUCCUACACUAGUCCUGCCUAGUUGGCCGAGCGGCUUCUUUCACUCUCCACCUUCUUAUCAAUCUAUCGCCAUUGGAAAUACGUCGACAUCAAACCACUUAAUCAACGCAUUGCCUCAAAAACAUGCCUCGACGUCUGGCCACUCUCGCGUCCUGGCGAACCGCAAGACCAUAAUGGAUAUCCUCGCGCUCCCGCUAUCCACAUUACUGCCGCUCGGCGGCGUGAUACUUUUCCUUGCUGUUUACCUUGUGCCAACCGUGCUGGGAAAACGAAAAUACCCUCUGCCACCUGGUCCUCCCGGCGAAUUUAUCUUGGGCCAUUAUCGCAAAAUUCCAUUUGUGGCCGCUUUCAAGCAAUAUGCACAAUGGGGAAAGGAGUACAGGUCUGACGUGCUUUACUUCGAGACCUUCGGUACGAAAUGGAUUGUGCUCAACAGUCUCAAGUCGGCGGUGGACUUGCUUGACAAACGGGGGUCAAACUACAGCGAUCGACCGAGAUUCAUUCUGUUUGAGGAAAUGGGCUGGGCACCAACUCUUACAUGGUUACGCUGGGGGCCGAAAAUGCAGCAACACCGGAAAAUCCUUCAGCCAGCAUUUAGCAAAGCGCAGGUCCGCCAGUAUCAAGGUAACCAGGAACGACAGGCUUUGAUCUGUCUGCGAAAUAUGCUAGACGACCAGGCAAACUAUCUGAGUGCCAUCCGUAGGUUUGCUGUCGCGAUUGUGUUGAACAUUAGCUAUGGCAUUGAUGUCGAGUCACCAGACAGCCCUUGGAUCAAGAUUGCAGAUGACGCAGCUGAAGCCAUUAGCAAUUCUGGUGCGCCGGCAAGUAGCAUCAUUGAUCGCUUCCCUGCGACUCGUCAUCUCCCUACCUGGCUUCCGUUCAUGGAGCGUCUUCGCUACGCUCGUACGUGGAAGUGGGCAAUAGAAACCAUCACCAACAUACCCUUUGCUCUCGCUCAGAAAGAAAUGGGCGAGAAAAUUGACCGCAAAUGCUUCUCACACGAUCGUCUCCACGUUUACAAUGCCAAUGCCGAGAAAGGAGAACCCAACGAAUUUACUCUAGAUGAUAUACGCGGUGCAUCAGCUGCUAUCUUUAUUGCAGGCAAUGAUACAACUGCCACGACAGUUCAACUGUUCGUCCUCUAUCUUAUGCAAAACCCCGAAGCGCAAGCAAAAGCACAAGCCGAGCUUGACCGUGUUGUUGGCUCAGACCGUCUUCCUACCUGGGAAGACUUUCCGAACCUGCCUUACCUAAACCUAAUCCUCCAAGAAACGUAUCGUAUGAACCCACUUUCUCCAUUGGGAAUUCCUCAUGCAUCUGUCGGUGAUGACGUGUAUGAAGGAAUGUUUAUUCCCAAGGGCACUAUCGUCUACCCAAACGUCUGGGGCAUGCACCACGAUGAAUCAUUCUACUCGAAGCCAUUCACAUUAUGGCCCGAGAGAUAUUUACCCAAGGAUCAGGGUGGUAAUGGAGAACCGUAUCCUGUGGGAAACUUUGGUUUUGGCCGUCGUGUUUGCAUUGGCCGAGUAUUAGCUGAAAAUAGCUUGAUGAUUGUGUUGGCCAAUAUGGUUGCAACCCUUAAUAUUCGCUAUCCCAAGGGUGCCAACGGCGAGAGAACACCAUUCGAGCCUGAAUGGUCGUACAUAGGGCAAGCGCAUCCGCUUUCCUUUCCUGCUGACUUGAUACCAAGAUCUCCCAAGGCAGAACAAUUGCUAAGGGCUGCUGUCGGGGCGGCCCGAUAA